AUGCUGCUAAGUACAGGGUUCUUACGAGGUCUGGACGCUAUGGGGCUCUACCACUACUCGGAUUAUAUUGCAGGCAUAUCUGGCGGGAGCUGGUCGGUGAUGGACCUGGUGGUAAACAAAUUCCAACUUGGUAAAUUAAUUUCCGGUUGGGACUUAUCUACGUCGAUGCUUCCAGGUAUGCCCGACGUGGACAUAGGUGAUGAUGACACUGAUUUCAUAUCAGAUAUGCAUCUGGAUCACUUGUUGCAACCAAAUAUAGCCACGCAAAAGAGAAGCCUGUUCAAGAGAGACAACGUAGUUCCUUCCCCUUUGCUAAAGAUAAAACAGAUACUGUUCCCGAAUAAUACACUCGCAUCAGAAAACUUAUUUGAGAAGCUUAGUAAGUUCAAAAACGCCUUGCAAUUUUACAUCGACUUGCAUUUGCAUAUAAGAUCUAAGAGGAUCAAUGGGUUCCCUAUCUCGUUCACGGACUAUUGGGCUCAGGCAUUGGUGCAAAACAUAAAAUAUCGGCAAUUACCAACCCACUUGACAUACAGCAAAUCUGUCAGGACCAGCAAUUAUUUCAAAAAUUACUUGGUACCAAUUCCAAUUAUAGUGGCUAAUUGUAGAAAUGGCUUUUUAAAAAAUGUCAUAUUCGAAUUUACUCCAUGGGAGUUUGGUUCCUGGGAACAGGUAUUGGGUCUCUUUGUUAAUAUAGAGUAUCUGGGUUCCCGAAUUAUAAAUGGCGUCUCUCAUCAAUGUUACAAAGGCCUAGACGAUCUGGGUUUCAUCGCUGCCACAUCGUCUUCGAUAUUCAAUAAUGCAUUGAUCUAUGUGUGGAAACUAGCUUCAAAAUCUUCAAAGGAUGCUAUCGCUGCUGUAAAAACCGUUCUGGCAGUUUUUGGGUUAGGCACAACAAAAUUUGAGUCUGCUCUUCAAACUUCAUCUCAGAUUACUGCAGCUUUGGACACAGACUAUGCGGUUUACCGCCAUAACCCAUUUUAUAAAUACAGUAAUAUAAAAAAUGAAUUAGCACAAAAUGAUUACUUGUAUCUAGUUGAUGGCGGUGAAGAUGGUGAAAACAUUCCCAUCAGAACACUGGUCCCAAGAAAUGUCGACAUGAUUAUGAUCAUGGAUUCAAGUUCUGACAAGAAAAACUAUGCCAAUGGAGAUAAGUUAAAGAUAGUCCUGAAUCAAAUGAAGGAAAAAGAAGGAAUUUACUACAGGUAUCCAACCAAGAUUGUAACUAGUCAAAAGAGGCCCACUAUCAUUGGUUGUAAACCACCAAGAACCUCAGACACAAAACUUGCACCAAUCCUAGUAUAUUACCCAAACAGUGAAAGAUCAUCCACCCAGGUAACAAACACAUCAACUUUCAAGAUGAUAUACACCUCAGAAGAACAGCAGCUUCUGAUAGACCAUGGGUACACCCUUGUGACAGGCCAUGGAGAACAUGACUACCAGAAAUGCAUGGCGUGCAUACUUGUCAAACGAUCUUAUGACCAAGCAUCUAUAAUACCACCAAAGCAAUGCAGCAUUUGCUACAGUAAGUAUUGCGAUAGUUAG